UUGACUGCUGUAGCUGCUGUUGGUCAAACCAGCUCUUAGAAUGCAAAUACUUUUUCUCUUAUUGGUGUGUGUCGGUGCUGCUAUUGCAUGGGAUCCCACUCCUUAUGAACUGCAGAUCCUUGCUGACACGCCCUAUGCGAGUCUUCCAGUAGGCCUCAAGAAUGCGAUCAGAGGAUCCAAGAUCCACAAGAAACGGGGUGAAAACAGUAACUGGUGCUGCUCAAACGACCAGCCUGUUAACUCUGUCCAGAGGAGCAAGACUAUGAUGGAGAUGGUGAAGGUGCACGAGAAGGUCAAGAUUGGCUACACUGAUUGUGGAUUCCUUGGAGCUACCAGAUGUUCUCUGUACGAUAUGAGAUAUACACAACAAUCCAAAUACUACGUGGACUACUAUGAGGUGCCCGACCAGGAUGCUUGCCCAGACAAACACGUUAAGUGCUGCAAGGGAUUCGUUCUUGUUGCACAGGAUAACUGUCUUAGUCUGGACGAAGCCGGUGAUAACAUAGACACUCUGAAGGACCUCAUUGAAGCUGGUCUUAUUGGAGGUGGCAACGGUUUGACCAUGUAGGCAACACCGCAAUUUACUGUCUAGUUUUAACACCAGUAAAUAUAUUUCUACGAAAUGA